AUGUCUGCUGACGAACAUAUAGAUUUAAUUAGCGAGUUUACAAACGUUGUUCAGUGCGAUGAACAACAAGCUACCUUCUAUCUAGAAGCGAACAAAUGGGAUAUACAAAGUGCCUUGAGUCAAUUCCUUGAAGAUAACCCGGAGGAUGAUCAAGCGGAAGAUAACCAAGUGGAAGAACAAGAUUUAACACCGUCUUCUGGUCCUGCUCAAGUCAACGAUCCUAUCAAUAAUGCUGGAAAACUUGCUUCGAACAUUUCAAGUUCGACUAGUUCAAAAAACCUUGCUAGUAGCUCUUCAAAGAAACCAGGGGGACGUUUCACCACUAUUAGUGAUUUAGAAAAAGAGCUGGCGGAAGAUGAUGAUGACGAAGAUGCAUCAGAAAAGUUGUUUGCUGGAGGCGAAAAAUCUGGAAUUUUUAUGGAGAAUCCCGUCACAAAAGCAUCCUCUUUGGUCGGCGACAUAUUGAAAAAAGCAGCCGAAGGUGGUCGUGGCCCUCAAGAAGAAGAGGAUGCUCCCAAAAAACCUUCGCGGACAUUUUUCACUGGAACAGGCUAUAAGCUCGGUAGUGAGGAAGAGCCAUCAGAAGAAAUUCCCACUAUACCACCAGCACCUAAUGAGAUUGUUUCUGAAGAACCGGUUGUUCGUCAUCUGACAUUCUGGAGGGAUGGAUUCAGCAUUGAGGAUGGUCCUUUGAUGUCUUACGAUGAUCCACAAAAUAGUGAAUUUCUUAAAGCAAUAAACAGCGGUCGAGCUCCACUAUCGCUGUUAAACGUGAAACAAGGACAACCUGUUGAUAUGCGAGUUUCACGAAAAUUAGAAGAAGAUUAUAAGCCUCCACCUAAAAAACCUGCUAAACCAUUUUCCGGAUCCGGUCGUAGGCUUGGAAGAACUCGACAAUUGGAGAUUGACGAAUCUUUACCGGUAACUUCGCUUCAGAUUCGCAUGGCAGAUGGGACGAGGAUGGUGGCCAGAUUCAAUCACACUCAUACUAUACGCGACGUUAGAGAAUUCAUUAACGCUUCAAGAGUAGGCGAAGCCAAUCGUAAUUACGUUCUUCAGACUACUUUUCCCACUAAAGACUUGAAAGAUGAAACGCUCACUUUGACUCAAGCGUCUCUCAUUAGUUCUGUAAUUGUUCAGCGAUAUAUCUCGUGA